ACCACUGCAAAACACCGAAGAAGAACAUUCCCGAAAAUUAGCAACAGACAACCUAGCAUAGCGCAAGCGUGUUUAUUAAAAAGCAAAAUGUGUAAAGUCCAAAUGUUAAAAGAGUUGAUGACACAGCGACUGAACACGGCCGUUGAAGAAAUAUUCGAAUUAUUUGAGAGAACCAUAACGGAGUACGAGCAGGAACUUUCUCGAAGAAAAGAGGAGAACGACAGACAGCGCGAAUUACUGGACUCAGUUUUCACGUAUCAAUCUGGCCUCGAUAAAACAGAAACACCUCAGCUUACGGCGAAAGGUCCAGAAGAACCAACGGAGCACCCUCACAUUAAAGAGGAAUGGACUAUUCCAGAUGCGUUGGCUGAUAUCAACACCUUCACGUCGACCAGCAUCCACGUCAAGUUCGAUGAAGAUAAAAAUCAAACUCCAACCGACGUCACAGCAGAAGAACCCAGCGACGACCUUCGCUCCCAACACGGUGACAAAGCUCCGUUCUUCGACACGGACGACGUGAUUUCCCACUCUUCAGACGUCGAGCACACCAAAGAAUCUUUACAGACUCCUACCAGUUCUAAAAGUGAUUUAACGAAGCCCGCCAACAACGAACGCUCCACCUGCCACGAAUGUGGGAAAAAGUUUGACCAGAGAGGAGCCCUGACCAGACACUUGAGAACUCACAGCAGGGAGAAACCUUUCAGUUGCGCCAUUUGCACUCGAGGCUUCUCAUUGAAGGCGAAUAUGAAAAGACACAUGACGACGCACAGCCAAGCCGGCGGCGUUCAGUUCGGCUGCUCCCAGUGUGGGAAGACGUUCAACCUAAAGGGGAAUCUAUUAGCCCACAUUAAAACGCACACCGGAGAGAAACCUUUCGGUUGUUCCCAGUGCGAGAAAAGAUUCCAUACCAAGCUCCACGUGCAGAGACACACGCUGAUUCACACGGGGGAGAAACCCUUUUCCUGCUCGGUCUGCGGGAAAACUUUCCGCCAGGAGUACGACAUGAAGAAUCACGCCAGGUUGCACACCGGCGAGAAACCGUUCGCUUGUUCCGUUUGCGCGAAAGAUUUCGCUCGAAGGACGUGUCUCAGGACGCACGUGAGAAGACACCACGGGGAGAAAGAUUUGACGAGGGAGCGUGAAACGCAACUGGAAAAGGAUGAUGAUUGACGUCAGUUAUGAAAAAGUUUGUGUUUCAGCCAUAUUGGAUGUGGCAGUUUGACUCAUUUUUUAAUGAACACUGUUACUAUAUUGUAGUUUUCAAAAAUAAAGCCGUAUUUUAUGUGUUUUCCUUAAAAAUAAAAUUGAUAAACCGUUUCUUUUUAACCCUUUUAUCUAUUCAAAUUAUUAUCUUAACUCAGGGGUGUUCAAAGUUUUUUGCCCCAAGAUCUACUUUUAAAUGAGACAACCUCCCGCGAUCUACCUUAAGA